AUGCAGCACAGAGACAUGAUGGAACAAGGUGCUAGUGCUAGGUAUGGUGACAUCGAGUUUGACGAAGGAGAUCUGAGUGACGUUAGAUAUCCCGACAAGGCUAGCUAUGGUGCUUAUGACUAUUCAUUUCCAUUUAAUGAUCAAGCCUUCCAGCCUCUUUAUGUCAAUGCCAAACAACUUAAUUGGAUAAAGAAAAGAAAGGCAAGGCGAGACAUGCUGGACACUCUCAUGGUAACAAACAAGAGAAAUUACCUUCAUGAAAGCCGGCACAAGCAUGCCAUGAAGAGGCUGAGGGCCCCCUCGGGGCGGUUCCUAACCAAAGAAGAAACAGAGGAGUUAAAUAGAAAAGGUGGAAGCACCAAUUGA